AUGGAGACGUGUGGGUAUUUAGGUGCAUCGCUGGAAGAGUUUCUGGGCAGCCAACAAUUUCUACAAAUUAUUGUCAACGUAUCCUAUCGACCCGAAGCACACCUACUCUCCCCACGAGGUCAACCUUGGGUGGAAAUUAUGCCUGCUACAGCCUCUACUAACCCACCAGUGCCUUUCCCCGCGUACGCUUUCGAGCAGCCUCAUGCAAACGGCCCCAGGGACUCACAGCAGCCUGCACACGUCCUCACCAAGGGUCAUCACAGACACGGCCAAAAACACGA